GACGACAAAAGCAUGAGCCGCCUUGAAUGAGGAGGGCGUGAAACCGGUUUCUCUUUCGGAAUAGAGAGGAUUAAGAGGGGGAAAUGGCAAAAAUCUCCACAGGAGAUUUGGAUUUUUCACAAACUGGUGAAAAAGUCAAGCCUUUUACACCAAAAGAAGCCAAAGAAAUUGUGAUGUCUCUGCAGGGACCUGCAGUAUUCUACAACAUGGCUUUUGAUUGGCCAGCACUUCACUGGAAUGUUACUCACCUGGCUAAGCUGUUGGCUGGAAAAAGAAUCCCUUUUAGGAUAGGGAUGAAGGACAUAGGCACAGCUCCACUGUUUGAAAAUGAGUGUAGUUAUGUGGAAGCUACACUUGAAGAAUUUCUGGCCUGGAGUUUAAGAGAGUCUUCUUGCUCGUCUGGACUGCUCAGUGGUUAUGAGUCACAUAAAUACUGGGCCUAUGCUGACUAUAAGUAUAUCGCUAGACUAUUUGAAGACAACCCAGAACAAUUCAAGGAUGUGAGGUGGUCUGACUUUGGAUUUUCAGGAAGAGAUGGAAAGGAGAGUACUCUGUGGGUUGGCUCAUCUGGAGCAAAUACUCCUUGUCAUUUGGAUUCCUAUGGGUGCAACUUGGUGUUGCAAGUGCAAGGAAGGAAAAGGUGGCACUUGUACCCACCUGAAGACUCAAGUUUUCUUUAUCCUACUAGAAUUCCUUAUGAAGAAUCCAGUGUCUUCAGCAAAGUCAAUGUAGUCAAUCCUGAUCUGAAACACUUCCCACAGUUUAAGAAAGCACAAGCCCAUACGGUUAUAGUUAAUCCUGGCCAGAUCCUGUUUGUUCCCAGGCACUGGUGGCAUUACGUAGAAUCCAUUGACCCCAUCACUGUGAGCAUAAACUCGUGGAUUGAACUGGAUACAGAUCAUGAGGAUCGUGUAGAAGAGGCAAUAACUCGGAUACUGAUAUGUGCAAUCAAAUCUGCAGACGACCUCAGCACUUCAGAUUCCUGGCUCAACCCCACAGAGACUGAAAUGACAUCCCAUGAAACCAAUCUUCAAUACUUAAAUGCAGCUAUGUCUGGAUAUCUAGAACAUCAGAAGAUAAAUAAAACUGAACACAGAGUUCCUGGAACUCAUAAUACUGAAGGGACCUUUGAAGAUUCUUGUAAAAGAAGAAAAGUCCAAGUGGAAGCAGAAGAGAGAUUCAAAUUGGUGCCCUGUCAAUCUAAUCUUGCAACUGCUGAAACAAAGAAGCUGGAAAAAAUCCCUUUUGGACAUAAUCUCAUUAAGGUUUUGCCUUUGUCUCAGCAGACAAACCCAACAGGAACCGCUGAAUGUGCCUGUAAAACCUUUCUCAGUGAAAGUGAAGAAUACUUUGGAAAAUUGCACUAUGCAGAGACAAAAUCUGUAACAAAUAGCAACUCUGGAACAUUUGUUGAUGAGAAGGAUCCAAGCAGUAGAGCCAGCUUCACACAAGCAGGCAUUUGUACAAACGAUUUGCUAGAUUGUGUGCUAAAUCCACAAGUUGUCAGUUUAAUUAGUCAGCUUUUGUUGGAAAGAACAAGGCUUGUUUAGCGUCAACCUACUUGUCAUUUUGAAAAUAAAGAUUUAAUCAGAA